AUGGUAUCAAGGGAUGAAAGAUUCCCAAUGGAAGUUGCUCUUAGGCUUAGUUGGAACUCAUCCCUCGAGGGACCUCUCUUUUUAGAUAUGGAUGCAAAUGUGGUUGAACCUAUUGAGGUCGAACAGGAGUACCAAGGUGGAGAUGUGUAUGGGGCCUUGUGGGUUAUGGAUAAUCCAAUAGAUACAGCGGAAAAGCCUUUCAUCGGCAUGCAGUUUGAUCAAGACAAUGAAGCAUAUGAGUUCUAUAACAGUUACAGAGGAAGAUUGGGUUUUAGUGUCAGAAAAGACUACAUAAAUAAGAGCAAGAAGGAUAAAAAUGUGACAACUUCGAGGAGAUUUGUUUGUAGUAAACAAGGUAUUCGGUCAAAAGACAAGCGUGUUGAUGAUGCAAGUAACUCUCGAGCAGAGACGAGAACUAAUUGUGCUGCUCGUAUGGGAAUAAUUCUUUUGAAAAUUGGAAAAUACGAAUGCCAAGAUUUUGUUGAGGAGCAUAAUCAUGAGCUUCAUUUAGCAUCUACCACCCACAUGAUGCGGUCACAACGGAUCAUUUCAGAUGUACAUGCCUCUGAAAUUGAGUUGGCUGAUAAUUCUGGAAUUAGACCUAAGCCCUUUUUUGAGUUCAUGGGCAACCAGGCAGGUGGGAGACAGAGCCUUGGUUAUACCCGAGCCGAUCAUUACAAUUAUCUCCGUACUAAACAUCAGCGUGAUUUAAAGUAUGGUGAACCGGGGAGUUUGUUACGAGGAGUUGUUAUAUUUGGGGCAGCUCUUUUAUAUGAUGAGACGGUUGAAUCAUUCAAAUGGUUGCUUGAGACUUUCUUGGAAAGUCAUGAAAAAAAGAAGCCUAUAACAAUUUUUACAGAUCAAGAUGCUGCACUGGCAAGUGCAAUUUCAAAAGUGUUGCCUGAAACAUGUCAUGGUCUGUGUACUUGGCAUUUGAUGCAGAAUGGGAUUAAGCAUCUAGGUAACUUAAUGAAAGACGGAUCAAGCUUUCUAUCAGAUCUGAAAAAAUGCAUAUAUCAAUAUGGUGAGGAAGAACAAUUUGAGAAUUCGUGGGAACAACUAAGAUUCGACUAUCAGGUUGAAAAUGGUCCAUGGUUGGAUCGCAUUUUUGGGCUUAAACAUAAGUGGGCCAGAUGUUAUAUGAAGAAUACAUUUACAGGAGGUAUGCGGAGUACACAGCUAAGUGAAAGCAUAAAUGCAGACUUGAAGGAUUAUACAAAGUGUACUUUAGAUAUUGUACAAUUUUUUAAGCAUUUUGAGCUGGUAGUGAAUGAUAAGCAUGCUAAUGAAUUGAAGGCUAAGUUUGAUUCAAGAAAUAAGCUGCCAAAGAACGCAUAUAAGCACACACCCAUAAUGGUACAUGCAUCAAAAGUAUACACUCCUUUGAAAUUCGACUUAUUUCAUGAUGAAUAUGAAUAA